UGAAGGAGCAACAGACAGUAGGAGCUGCUCUUCAGUUCAGGCGUGAUGAGGACAGACAGGGAAAUCUCCUCACGGUAAAACACAUCUGCUAGCUGUUUUAGAAGGACGUUGAAAGGAUUGACUCCGCCAUGAAAUCCCCACCAACUCGGCUGACCUGCGUUCAGAUCACUGACUGUAAAACCUGACCAGACAAAGGAUCAAGCACAUCACGAUCGCAGCAGCACUCAGGGAUUUGUGUUUCAGUAAUUAUCACUGACAUGGCGAACAUCACACACUUGGCCACAGUGCUUGUGGAUCCUCACAUCCAAGAGCCAACAGAGGAGCCAGACCCAUUCCUAGACAUGUAUGACAUGGACUAUGGGGUGCCAGCAGAGGAGAUGCCCGACACCACGCAGGGACUGGCAUAUUUUGUGGCCACGAUUGUUAUCGGCGUGGUUCUGGUCUGCAUCAUGCUGGUGUGCGGCAUCGGCAACUUCCUGUUCAUAGCCACCCUGGCCCGGUAUAAGAAACUACGGAACCUCACCAACCUCUUGAUCUCAAACCUGGCCAUUUCAGACUUCAUCGUGGCUGUGGUGUGCUGCCCAUUCCUGGUGGAUUACUAUGUAGUAAAACAGCUGUCCUGGGACCACGGCAAAGUUCUGUGCGCAUGCGUGAACUACCUACGAACAGUAUCCUUGUACGUGUCCACCAACGCCUUACUGGCCAUCGCUGUAGACAGGUACAUGGCAAUCGUCCACCCAUUAAGGCCCAGGAUGAAACACCAGACUGCGUACUGUCUGAUUACUGGAGUGUGGAUUGUUCCGGUUCUAAUAUCAAUACCCUCUGCCUACUUCACCUCUGCAACCAAGGUGCCCCACAGUGCCAACCGCAGCAAGACCUUCUGCGCUCAGAUCUGGACAGUGGACCAGCAGCUCUACUACCGGUCGUACUUUCUCUUCAUCUUCGCUGUUGAGUUCCUAGGCCCCGUCUUCACCAUGGCCCUCUGCUACAUCCGCAUCUCCAAGGAGUUGUGGUUCAAGAACGUGCCCGGCUUCCAGACAGAGCAGAUCCGGAAGCGUCUGCGCUGUCGUAGGAAGACGGUCAUGGUGCUCAUCGGAAUCCUCACAGCGUACAUCCUGUGCUGGGCUCCGUACUACGGCUACACCAUCCUACGCGACUUCCACCCGACCCUCAUCUCCAGGGAGAAGAACUCUCUGGUGGCCUUCUACAUCAUCGAGUGCAUAGCCAUGAGCAACAGCAUGAUCAACACUUUCUGUUUCGUCAGCGUGAAGAACAACACGGUUAAGUACUUUAAGCGGAUUGUGCUGCUCCGCUGGAAGUCCACCUACACCUCCAGGAAAACCGUGGAGGAGACAGAGGUGAGGACACUGUCCCUGCCUGUGACGGAGGAGAUUGACUGUAUACGGCUGAGGUGAAGAAGCUACUGGAAGGUUAACAGUGGUUUUUAUUCCACUCUUCAUCACAACAAUGUCCAGGAGUCCUGAUACUCGUGCUGUAGGAUUGGACUUGCAUGACACAGAUACUGAUCAUAUUUUGAUCAAGUAUCAAGGAGGCCGUCUAUAAACUGGAAUAAGCUACCCUAACUUUGUUUAAAUGAGAAAUUUCUACAGAAGUUUUGAUGUUUGACUCAAAUUAGCGGGGUUUUUUUUGGCUGUGAUUCAGCAAAAUUAACUUUUGUUUCCACUGAAUGUACAAGAUAGCAUCCUUUAACUUAACAGUUAAUAGUUUCCAGUUCAGUGCAGAGUAUUAAGCUUUUCUCUUGAGAAGGUGAAAGCAUUGUUGUAUAAUUAUUAUUGUAUAAUGUUGUGUAUAUUGUUAAACAGUUGUUUUUUUAUGUUUCAGUGAAAAAGUGCAAUAUUCAUGUUCACAGUAUUUUAUGUAUGUCAUUAUUUAUCUCAAUAGUUUUUGUUUUGUUUGUUCUUGCUGCUAGUUCUCAAAAUACACGUAAGCAGAUUCUCAAGAAUUUGAUGACACUAUUAUUAUAAAUGAAGCAAAAACUGGGGAGAAUUAUUCAGGAAUCUAUAUUUUCUUUGAGAAAAUAGCUACGUUCACAUUACAAUCCACAUUGCUCAAAUCAGGUUUUUUGCUCAGAUCAGAUUUGUCUGUCUUGAUGGUUCACAUUCACAAAUGUAAGUGAUCUGUAUCUAUGUAAUGUGAACGAAUCUGAAUCCCUGAAAACGUCUCACAUGAGCACACUGAUACAUGUAUAAAUGUCUCCUUUUUCACCAACAACAAAAACGUCAUAUUUGAGAGACGACUCGUAGCUUUACAAAGGGAAUUGGAUGUGUUAGCAGCUCAUAUGUGGAGCAUUUUUUGCUGAAGUGGAAAAACAGCUGGUGUGAAGUUCAUGCUCAGGUCGAGGAGGUGAAAAAAGACCAGGCGGUUUGCUUUUGCUGUUUUUGCAGCUAUAGCUGCACAGCUGCACCAAGAGAUAUGUCAGAACAAGAGAGAAGCACGUAGCGCAGCGUAAAAGCAAAAAGAUGCAAUUCAGAUUUGACCGUUCACAUUCAUGUCACUAAUUCACGGAUCGGUUAUGUAUCUGAUUUAAGAUCACAUACGAAAGUGACUCAAAUCUGAUUUGAAAAAAUCAGAUUUGGUACAUUCACACAGCCAUGAAAAAUCAGAUCUGAUCCACACUGUGCGAAAAAUCAGAUGUGAGUCAAUUCAGCCUGGUAAUGUGAGCGUAGCUUAUGACCAGUGGACCAAUGUGGCAUUUUUCUUAUUAUAUGGAGAAUUGUAAUUGUUAUUGUGUAUUAUCUGUUAUGUGUGCAUGAAGUUUGCCCAAAUAAAUUUAACGUAAGAUUUUUUUUGUAGUAUGAAACACUGUUGGACCCUGAGCACCACUGGAUCUUCAAACAUUUCAGCAUCCCAAAACACAUCAACAGUGGUUGUGAAAUGGAUCACUCUCUCUCUCUCACAGAAACACACACACACACCC